CCAACGUGCCCAUGUCGUCGAUCGAUGCGCGUCUUGCCGAACUCGGGUACGUCCUCCCGGGCGUGACCACACCCAAAGGCAACUACAAGCUCGCGGUGCGCUCGGGCAACCUGAUCUUCACGGCGGGCCACAUCGCAGCGAACGCAACCGGUGAGCAUCUCGUCGGUAAAGUCGGUCAGGAUGUCACGAUCGAAGCUGCGUACGAAGCUGCGCACCUCGUGGCACUCUCGCUCCUCGCGACGAUCAAGGCGGAGCUCGGUGGCGACCUCGGCAAAGUCAAGCGGAUCGUCAAGACGAUGGGCUUUGUCAACUGCGUCGAUGGCUUCACGCAGCAAGCGUCGGUCAUCAACGGCUGCUCCGAUACGUUUGCCAAGAUCUUUGGCGACCACGACGUUGGCGCCCGCUCGGCGGUCGGCACGAACGCGCUUCCGCUCAACGCGCCCGUUGAGAUUGAGCUCAUUAUUGAGAUCGACGCGUGAACGACUACGACCUAUCGCUUUCACUUUAGCCCUAGCCCACACCCGACGACCUGAAAUUGUCCAUAUAAUACCCACGUUUGGCUUUUGACGCUUCGCCAUAUAUUGUGUGUCAUCUAUGGUGGGCAUUCUUCUCGAA